AUUCAUAAAUAAGGCAAUCAGCUGUUUACGCACAAAUUGCAGAGCUACCAGCUCUACGUUUGUUAAUUAAAUUUAAGAAGUAAUUUUUCCAAAAAAAAAUUAUGUUUUUGCAAAAUAAUAUAAUUAAUUUAAUUCAACAUAUUUGACUGUACGUAUUUUUUAUUCGUUCUGAUUAUUUUUCAAUUUUAAAGUUUUUUUUUAUAAUUGUUAGCUAUUUGUUUGGUUUACAUUGGUUUUAAAUAAUCGGUUUGUGUCUCUGCUUAUACUUCAUUUAUUACUUUUAUUUGACAACGACUAUAUGUUCGAGUGAUUAACCUAUUUGUAACAACACAAGAAUUAAUUUUAAUAAAUGAGAUAAAAUGAGCAUGCAAGUGGAUCCACGCCGUAAAGAAAAGGUCAACCGCUAUAAGGCCCCACAAAACCAAGGUCAAGCGGGAAAUUCCAGCGAAGAUCUUAUGCCUGAUUAUAUGAAUAUUUUGGGCAUGAUAUUCUCAAUGUGUGGACUGAUGAUGAAGCUUAAAUGGUGUGCCUGGUUCGCUUUAUAUUGUUCUUGUAUUAGUUUCGCUAGUUCAAGGGUCAGUGAUGACGCAAAACAGGUGCUCUCAUCUUUUAUGUUAUCAGUUAGUGCGGUAGUUAUGUCAUAUUUACAAAAUCCUGCACCGAUGACACCACCAUGGGUACCUGCUCCAUAGUGAAUUGUAGCGGAAUAGCAUUCCUUCUAUAAGCUUACUUUCAUAUAUAUGAAUAAAAAUUGUCAUGAAUAUAUAAAACCGUUUGAUGCUGCGAAAAAUAACGAUUUUUAGUUAAAUAAAGCAUAAAUACAUUUGGGUAUUACAUAUUUGCAAUCCAGA